GCGAGACAUGGGAAGCGGCGACAGAUCCAGCAGGAGCGAAGGCAGGAGAACGGCGAGUUCGGGCGAAUGAACCGGUGUGUGUAUGUGGCGUCAGCCCAGACGCGCGCUUAAGCUGCCAUUCGUGGGUGUCUCGCGUUCUGCGCAAGCCGCCGCGCGAAUCUAGGCACACGUGAAACAAUGUGGCGAAAUAGUCCUAUUGCGUGUUGGAAUGGCGGGGUACCGAAGGGGUGGCAUUGCGAAGUUGAAGGGAAGUAAUUGCCCACAUACAACGCUCUGCAGCACUAACAACGACUGCACCCGCACGCGAGAAACACACAUGAGCUCGGACCCACCAAGCCCAAACCCACGUACACACCGCACGCACGGCUCGCAUGCCGAUGCAUGUCCCGUAGUGAUCGUGGUAAGGUGUAUGGACGAGCAGGUGACCACUCAACGAACGCACGAUCAGGCCUGCAAGCGCGGGGGACCGGCACCUCCUCCGAAGAGCCUCAACUUUGUAUCCCACCACGCAGGCGCUGGCGAGACCUCCCUAGACAAGUCGGGUAUGACGGGGACAGAGACCAGGCUUUGUAUUCAAAAUUCGACAGGUCAGCAGGUGCUCAUAACGCCAGCGCAGAUGGAGCGCAAGCGACGGACGUUCAGCAGAUCGAGUCGCACAAGACUCCGGCAGGGGGAAUGAUUGCGGCGCUGCGGGGCGGGGUCGGCCCUUCGCGGGCGAGCUAAGAUGGAUAUGGCCAACGGGCCCACUACAUCUUGGUAACCUAUCGUCGUCGAUAGCAGUAGGGCUACCAAUUGGGAUCCGGGGGCUCCUGCGCACAGUUGCGCGUUCGGGAUCAGGAUAUACGAACCACGAGGUGGCGGAGUAAGGAUGGCCAUCUUCAUCUCCAUCUCGUCCGCCUUCUGUUCUCGUAUGGAGUGGGAUAGCAGCCCAGUGAGAACUGGAUACUGAUCGGCGAAUCAGACCUCAACGGCCUGUUGUCUUGUCUCGCACGUCGUCACUGCAACCUGCAACCUUCCUCUCUCGCGAGGCCGCCAAAACAUACCCCGCUCCACAUCCUAGCACAUCAUGCGCGCGCCCCACGAGUUCGGAUUUGUGUUCGUCCCACGGAUCCUGCUAAUCGCACAGAGAUUUUUUUUUCGGCCACGGCCACAAAAGAGGACACAAAAGGCUAGCGCUAACCGCAGUCGCGCCGGCCGUGCUACCGAGUGGAGCGGCGGUCAGUAGACGGGCGACCGGAAUUACACCCACCUGGCUGCCUUCCCUGCGGGUGUCCCGCGCCGUUCGCCAUCAUCUGUCCCGUACGAUAUGAAACCUUCGCGCAGCGCCAGUAAGCACUGUUCGACGGCGUGAUCGUCCGGGACAAUGCAAUGAACGAGGAUGAACGUCCAGCAGCGGCGGACUCCGCCGCCGUACCGUAUCGUAGCACGGACCCUGCCAAGCCCCCCCACCAACCGUCGUGGUGGCGCCCAUACACGGGCAGGAAGCACGCACCACCGGGCCUGAGCAGCGAGAGCAUCUGCGAGCCUAAACGUCGACUUCUCCCACCCUGCGAAGCAGCCAUCCUCGCAGGGGCGAGGGUCAUCUGACCCCGGGGAGGUCCUAGCGCUAGGACGCGUUCCCCGCAGAAGCCCGCGCGGUAGGAAGAUAGGAAAUCAGCUGCAGCUGUGCGCAGGCGUAUCAUGAGUGUGGGAGCGUCGGGUCCCCGCGGAGCGGUACGAUCGGGAGAACUGGGGGCACGGGACCGGCUGGAGG